UUUUUUUUUUUCUUUUUCCCUUUUCGUACCUUUUUUUUUUUUUUGACAAAAGAAUUUAAGAAGCAAUGCCUCGCCAAACUAGACGUUCUGCUCCUGCUCAACAAACUCGUUCAGCUAGUACCAUGGCUGCUCCUCGUCCUGCUGCUCCUCCUCGUCAAGCUCCUACUCAACAACAAGCACCACCUGCUCAACCUCAACACCAAAUGGCUCCUAGUCAUGCCGCCCCUCCUGCUGUUCCUCAACCUGCUGCUCCUCAACAACCCGGUCUUUUCGCUCAAAUGGCCACUACUGCUGCGGGUGUUGCUGUUGGUCAUGCUGCUGGUAGUGCCAUCACUGCUGGUGUUGGAUCUCUCUUUGGUGGAUCCUCUGAAUCUCAACCACAAGAACAAGUUCCUCCACAACAACAAUAUCAACAACAACAACAAUAUCAAGCUCCUCCUCCUCAAGCUUCUGCUUGUGAUGCUGAUGCAAAGGCUUUUGCUAGAUGUUUGGAAGAUAGUUCUAAUGAUAUCUCUGCCUGUCAAUGGUACCUGGAUCAAUUGAAAUCUUGUCGUGAAAUGGCUCAACAUUAUUAGAUAAUUUUUUUUAAUAGAAAGUCCUUAGAUUAUGUCAUUUUAGUAUAUUAUUUCCA